AUGCAGUCGCAGUCGACAGGGCUGCGCGUCGGGUCGGCGCUGGGCAAGGGGACCGCAGUCCAUCGUGUGAGCAGCGGCCGCAAUAUCUCUUGCAGCGUUAGCGUGACUGAUAAGGCGUCAGCCUUUACAACGAUGAAAACAACUGUCAUUGAACGUCCAGCGCUUGUGGAAGUACUUGCGCCUUCGGCCCUAAACCAAGCCAUCAGGGAAGGGCAUUACGAGGCAGCUCUGGUGAAUUUGCAAGCAAGCAAGGCUGACGCAGGACAGGCGAGCAUCGCAUCGGUACUCCAGCCGGCCGAUUCCUCGACCACCGCCGAUGUCACCAUCGUUGGUGCUGGACCAGCUGGCCUUUACUUGGCUGCCGAGCUGGCGCGACGCGGCCUCACCGUUAACGUCCUAGGCCUGGAUGUCCCAAUCGUCAACAAUUAUGGCGUGUGGACUGACGAGUUCCAGGCACUGGGUCUGGAACACACACUCGAGUGUUCGUGGCCGGACGCCGUGUGCUACUUCGGGGAGGGGAAGGAGGUGCGUGUGGGUCGGGGUUACGGCCGAGUGAGCCGCCGCAAGCUGCGGUCUCAUCUGCUGGAGGUUUGCGAGGCGGCUGGGGUGCGAUUCAGCAGCGCCGAAGUGGCGGACAUCCAGGUGGUGGAGGCCGGCAAGGUGACGCAGCUCACCACCAAGGACGGCACCGUGUACCGUAGCAGGUUGACCACGUUGGCCGCGGGGGCGGCUGGCGGCAAGUUCCUGCGGUACGAAGACGAUGCGCCCAUCGUGGCGGCGCAGACGGCGUACGGCAUCGAGGCGGAGGUGGAGGGAUAUGACGGCGCCUACCCGUCGGAUCUAAUGCUCUUCAUGGACUUCCGGCGGCACCACACGGGACUGUACGACGCGACAGCGCCCAAUGUUCAGGCUGGCAAGCACCCCAAUGCGGGCGACGGUCUGUGGGGCAGCUCCGACGAGUGCCCCUCCUUCCUGUACGCCAUGCCCCUGGGGGGCAAUCGGGUGUUUUUGGAGGAGACGUGCUUGGUGGCCAAACCCGCACUGCCAUUUGCGGUUCUUAAACGGCGACUCACCAGGCGGCUGAAGGCCAUGGGCAUCUCAGUGACCAAGAUACACGAGGAGGAGUGGAGCUACAUCCCCGUGGGUGGGCCCCUGCCGCUGGCCAGUCAGUCCGUUACGGCCUUUGGUGCUGCCGCUAAUCUGGUGCACCCCGCUACGGGGUUCAGCGUGUCGAGGUCCUUCCGGGAAGCCCCCCUGGUGGCGGAGGAGAUUGCGGCGGCGCUGGGCGCGGGACUGGGUGUGGCAGAGGCCAGCAAGCGAGUGUGGGACAAGUUAUGGCCGCUGGAGAAGCGUACGCAGGCUAGCUUCCAUGUCUUUGGCAUGGAGCUGCUGGCGACCCUGGACUUGGCUGCCACGAAUGACUUCUUCAACACCUUCUUCCAGUUGCCCGCUUACUUUUGGCGCGGCUUCCUGGCCUCCACUCUUUCCUCUGGUCAGCUGAUCGCGUUCGCACUGGUCGUGUUCACUCUGGCGCCUCUGUCCAUCAAAUACAAGCUCAUCGAGCACCUAGUCACAGAUCCCGCCGGCGGCUACCUCAUCCGCGCGUAUAAGGCCCAGUGGGACGCGGCUCAGGAAGCCAACUCCGCAGCCACCGCGGUCGCCUCGGUGCUCAUUGGCACAGAGCUCAUGGCGCACGCGGCGCUGCAGGCGCUGGCGGACAAGGCCUGA